CAAACCCCAAAAGUGAAACACGCACACACUCGGAGAACUUUUGAAACACACAUACCAAAACAAAAUUAUCGUAUUGGUCUUCCAAUGGACGAAUUUAGAGUACCCAAAAAGGUUAACCGUAACGUUUUCAAGGCCAUUAGCAUUCUUCAAUCUUCCCGAACCGAUUUUGUCUGCGCUAAUGCAAUCGUCGACCAGGUAAAGUUCCAAAUGCGGAACCGCAUUCCGGUCGAGCAUAUAGAUGAGGCCAUAAAACAGUCGCUGGCCAACUUGACCAUGCUGGGCAUAGUGCGGCGUCUGGGAUCGUCUAAGUAUUCGCUUAGCACCAUAGUGUAUGGCCGGUUGGGAAUGCCCAAUCCCAUUGCACAUCCGCCGGGCAAUCCUGGUAGACCACAUCGGCGAGCUGCGCAGAAUGCGCGUCAAAAGCGACCUGUCGGGCGCUUGGAUCCUUGGAAAUCGGUCAGCAAGAUCUUGAGUGAGGACUCUCUGUCUGGAACUGAGAUGACCAAGAUGCGCAAGCGGAUGCGCACCAACACAAAGCGCGUUGUCAAGAAGAAACGAAUCCCCAACCGUCGACUAUCUCGAGCCAGGAAGUAUAAAGAAACAGAAAUGGCCACCACCAGUAUCGACCUAAGAUGUUCAGAAAGUCGUUUGGGACUAGACAAUAACGUGCAAAUACUAUUCGGAUCACCGGGAUGGACCUAUACCAAACCCAUUCAAAGUACUUUGGUGUUGCCCGAUGCACCAUUAAGAUUGGAUCAAAAAGCGAAUGAUCCUGAGACCCCGAAAACAACAGUUCUUUCCGGGAAUAGCAGCAGCACUUCUGUGACAGACGUAAAAGGGAAUGUGGUGAAGGAUGAGGAGGGAGGAUCUCAACCUUCAAUUAGUGGCACAAAUUGUCGCGCUGUGCCCAUCGGUUUGGGGAUUAGGCCAGCUUACCAUACCUCUGGAGGAGAAUCCGAUGUGGAGAAUGCCUCCGUGGUCGGACUAUGUGGCAGUCCCUUAUGCCUGCAAUCCACAAUGAGUCAAUCUCUGGCGCACGAUUCAGCUCCAACUACUUCCCGACCCACAGCAAAACAAUCAAAUAACUUGGGAAUCCAACAAAUUACUGAGUGUCAAGAAAACGAUAGAGUAGUGGAGAGUUCAGAAGUUCAGGAAACAUUUGAAAAUAAUUUGGAUAAGCAAGCAAGCCAGCCAUCCGAUGUUUUAGAAGAGUGCCAGAGCGCACUUAAUUAUGAUUUUUAUAAAUGAUUUUCAAUUUAAUAAAACUAAUCGAAUACCCGCGCCGGCAUCGAUAUAUCGAUAGUUGGUUCGCGUGAGCAUGCACAUUU